CCCCUAAUUAGCCCCCUUCUCACGUUUCAACCCAAAGGCUCACCCGAACGCCUCUGCUCGGUCGCUCACCGCCGACUCGUGACACGCAGCGACGCCACAGUCGCGCAACCCUCGCCGACGCCGCCGCCGCCGCCGCCGCCGUUCCUCAGGAGAAUUGGUAGGAAUCGGUUUCCAUAGAGAGGUGACAGAAGCCCAAGAAGAAGAUGAGUACUUCAUCAGCACUUCGAGACCUACAGCGGGAUCUUGAGAACAAGGCUAACGACUUGAGCAAACUCCAGAAAGACAUUGCCAAGAAUCACCAAGUGAGGAAGAAGUACACUAUCCAGCUUGGGGAGAAUGAGCUCGUCCUUAAGGAGUUGGAUUUGCUUAAUGAAGACGCGAAUGUGUACAAGUUGAUUGGUCCUGUACUUGUCAAGCAGGAUUUGGCAGAGGCAAAUGCAAAUGUGCGCAAGAGAAUUGAUUAUAUCUCUGCUGAACUGAAGCGUCUUGAUGCGACUCUGCAGGAUCUGGAAGAGAAGCAGAACAGCAAGAGAGAUAUGAUCCUGAAGUUACAACAGAGGAUUCAAUCUCUGCAGGCGGGGAAAGCAAAGGCAUAAUCUGGACCUGGUAUAUGUUAAACCACCAGUGCGUGGUAAUCGUUACGUUUUUGCUCCAGUGCAGUUGUAUCUUUCUUCUUUCCCCAUUCUCCUGUCAGCGCAUGCUGAAUCUCUUCAAGCUAGUUGUCUUCUGUGGUGCAUCCAGUCACAUAUGUCAAGAUAUAUGCAACUUGUGAAAUGAUUUGUUGAGAAGUGCUCUGCUGAUAGUUAACAGAAAAAGUCUGAGUGGAGGUUUUGUCUUGAGUAUUUUUGCUCCAAUGUAGUUUUAUUUUUUCUCUCUAUUUCUCCCGUCA